AUGUUAAUACAAAAUAAUGGCUUCUUGUCUUUGUUGCAAUCCAUCCAUCUCCGCUCGAUAGCCCAUCAUGAACGGGGAAAAAACAGACUCAAGGACAAUACGUGCUGCUGCAGGAACUAUAUCGGGUUAGCCGCCACAACGCUUAUACACGACUCUGUGGCCUCUUCUUCAAAGUAUUUAGCGAAUCAAUUGGCAGCCAAUUGCCAGAGUGGCAUUAUCUACGCUUUUUGCUUCCUAAUAUUCACUGCUGUCAGCAGGUUUGGCGAGCUUUUUGUUUCCAAGGACUCUCUCUCACUCGCCGGAGACAAGAGGAAGAAGAGUAGCGGGAUUGCGACAGCCAGCUCAAUCAAGCGUCAUCGUCUUUCUUCGGGGCAAGGAGCAUGUCUCCUCACCGCUCUGUUUCUCGAAUCAUCUAUGAGGGAGCAGAGGUGGAAUGCCUACUUACGUUAA